AUGGUCGAACGUCUGCACAGGCAGCUGAAAGCCGCCAUCUGCGCGAGACGCGACUCGGCGAAUUGGGUCGAUCACCUGCCCUGGGUGCUCUUAGGUAUUCGCUCUUCCCUCAAGCAGAACCUCCAGUGUAGCCCCUCGGACUUGGUAUUUGGUUGCCCGCUGAGGCUUCCCGGCGACUUCCUCAGCUCCCCCUCCCCCGCGCCUCCCAGUGCUCAUGACUUUGCCGCACAGCUUCGCGACCAUUUCCGGGAUCUUCAGCCCGUUUCCCCACGCCAGCCCACUAAUAGGAAGAUCUUUGUCCACCCGGACCUCAAGACCUCUUCUCACGUCUUCGUUCGCGCGGACCACGUUAAGCCGCCACUCACCCCAGCGUACACUGGUCCCCACCGCUUAUUGGUGCAAGAUGAGAAGACGGUGACAGUCGACAUCAAUGGCCGCCCGGAGUUACUCACGAAAGACAGAGUCACGCCCGCCUACUUCGACGCACUACUCUCUCCCGUCCAUCUUCCGGAGUCGCCUCCACCUUGCCCGGUUCCCCGAUCACUACCCUCCUGA